GAGAGAGAGAGAGAGAGAGAGAGAGAGAGAGAGAUUACACGGUAACACGAGAAUAACGUCACUCGCUCUCAGAUGUAAGCAGACUGGUCGGGAGAAAACCGCUUGCGCCUCACUCAUUCGUGGUCGAAGAGAGAAAGCGUGGGGUAGAAAUAGACUUGGACCAAGGAAUCGUGUGGGUAGAGGCAGCACACGGCAUUAUCCACAAAGAAACGUGUAACGCAAAAAUAGUGGUUUUAAAAAGUUAUUUCCGCAAGUUGGAUUUUUUUUUAUUGAAAAGCGCCCAUAUUCAUCGCUGGACGUUUUGCAAAACGUGGAAAACCUACCCGUUCUGAAGACAAGACUUGCAUAACCAGGUCUGAAGUGAACUUGACUCUGGCUCGUCCUCAAGACUCCACACAAAAGGUGUGUAGUUGGUGAGAAGCCAGCUGGCUGGCCCUGGAGACACGCCUUCACUACGAUGUAGAGUCCAGAAGAGAGAGAACGAGAGAGAGAGAGAGAGAAAGACGAAAGCGAUACUGUUUACUCGCUACGCACAAGACGGGAUAGAGAGCAAGUGAAAGAGGGUGAGUAAGACAGUGGGAAGGACGGAAAGAAAAGAACGAGUGACCAAGCAGAAAGAAGGAACAAGAACCACAUCAGGAGGAGAUAAGAGCAGAGAAAGAGAGGGACACGGUGAAUCAUUGACCUCAGGCCCUGCCUCCAAACCAGCCUCUCCCGCCCUCCUCCUCCUCCUCCUCCUUCCCUGCGUUGGAACUGUUCACUCUCUACCUCUUUCACAACAGGAACCCAUUCUUUGCUCUCUCCCUCCACCCGUUCCGCUCUUCCUGAAGUCCCAUGAGGACUUGAGCCUUCACCUUUGACCCCACCUGUGUGACCCCUGGAUGACAGUCCACCUCUCCCGGAAUCAACCCCGUCGAACUUCACUGAACAGACAACACCAGGAACACUUCAGAAGCACUGCAAACGUCAACACCACCAUGUGUCACGUGAUCGUGACCUGUCGCUCCAUGCUGUGGACUCUACUCAGCAUCGUGGUCGCUUUCGGCGAGCUCAUCGCCUUCAUGAGCACCGAUUGGCUGGUGGGUUCCCCCCGGACACCGGACGCCGUCUUCAGCCCUCACGGCGCCACUGCAGCCGGCGAGGCCUACCGGCCCACCCUGGGCAUCUACGGCCGCUGCAUCAAGCUGCCCCACCUGCAGCGUGGCGUGCUGUGCGGGCCGUACGCCGCGCACUUUGGGGAGAUCGCCAGCGGGUUCUGGCAGGCGGCGGCCAUCUUCCUGGCGGCGGGCAUCCUGCUGCUGUGUGCCGUGGCCUUCAUCUCCGUCUUCACCAUGUGCUUCCAGAGCAUCAUGAAGAAGAGCAUCUUCAACGUGUGUGGACUGCUGCAGGCCAUCGCAGGUCUGUUUCUGAUCCUGGGUCUGAUGCUAUACCCUGCAGGCUGGGGUUCAGACAAGGUGCAGCUGUACUGUGGUCAGGACGCGGCUCCCUACCGGUCGGGGCUGUGCACCAUGGGCUGGGCCUUCUACACAGCCAUGGGGGGCACCGUGCUCACCUUCGUCUGUGCUGUGUUCUCCGCCCAGGCCGAGAUUGCCACGUCCUCGGACAAGGUGCAGGAGGAGAUUGAGGAGGGCAAGAGCCUUAUCUGCCUGCUCUGAGGCUGACGAGGAGGAAUGUCACGUCCUACCCCCCUCGUCUCCACUCUGGGGCCCAGCUGUCAAUCAAAUGGAGUCCCCCCCCCACCCCAAUAUUGUUUACCACUAAGACUGACUCUCUGACCUUUGACCCUGUAUUGUUGUUAUUGUUGAUGUGGGAGAAUUCUACAGUGCCAAGCUUUUCACUAACGUGUGUUUCAGUGCAUUUCCUCUCUCCGCCACCAGAGGUGCUGUCUGUCUGUGUUCUGUGUGUUAUUAUUUGUAAUGUGUGCCAGUACCAGCUACCCUGACACCAGUAAGUUUGUAUUGUAAAUAAGUGUGCAUAUACUGUACAUAGUGAUGAUGAUGAUGAUGAUGAUCUGAGAAUGGUGGUCCUCUCAGCUCUGUUCAGGCUGUGUUUUAAAUGAUGUCACUCUCGCCUUGAAUCCCGGCGCGAUGAUGUCACGACCUGAAGUUCCGCCUACCUGGUGCUAGUCAACUGCAAUAACUUAAAAUCCCAGAUAGAAGUUGCCCCUGGCUACAGAUCUAGGAUCAGAUUUCCCAACCCCAAAUCAUAACCUGAACCAAAUGGGGAGGAGCAAAUAACAUCUGACCCUGGACCAGCGGUUAGAGGGAACUUCUGCCAGCGCCAACUUAAGCCAGGUGUGAGUACAUUUACAAGGGAACCAAUGGGACGGUCCAGUAAACUACUCUCAGACAUGGCCUUAGUUCAGCAUGGAAUCGUGAUGUCCUUAAAGCUUACAGAAUGUACUGUCAAGUGAAAUGACCAAACGUAUGUCUUCUUGGACCCUUGAAAUGUAUUGAUGGGAUGGACACCUACACCAGCCCAGCCAUGGUUCACAUGGACUGCACGAGCUUGCUAAGAGAGAGCUGUGGUGUGUUUGUUAUUGUGUGUGAGAGACUGUGCUUGGUUCCUUGUUCAAAUAUUGAGAUGGUUUUGCCUGGACCGUCCCCAUCUCCGAUGAUCCUAGCCUGGUCUCAUUGAGGUCCUCCUCAGCCGACUCCCUAUAAUCUAUGGACAAAAGACUUGGACAACAACACACAAGUAUUCAUAGGAGAGCGUCUUGUUUCAGGGAGGACUCUUAUUCCGGCGACGCCAAGGGAGGACUGUUAUUCCGGCAACACCAGCCACAGCGCUGGAGAGAAACAGUUGAAACGUGUGCUGUUGAAUGGUCAUCCCACUUUCCCAGCACCUCGGUCUGUCUCUGCCAAACCAAUAAAAUCAGAAAGAGGAAGACAAGGUGUCCUGAGUUUUUCUCCAGCAAAGUUCAUAUCUGUGGGGCUCUUUAAUGUAAUGUGUGGAAGGAUGGGUGAGGGAGGGAAAUAAGUCUUCACUCACUAUCGCCAGCUAUAACCUAAACCUCACCACACUCCAGAC